ACUGUUGCCAGUGACAGUUCCUCGAACAUGUGGCGGUGGAUCCUGGAUCAUUGACUAUCGAUCUUUUAGAACUUUUUAGAGGCUGUCUUAUAUAUAUAUAUAUUUUUUAGUUCCUCGCUUGAAUCGGUACAGUAUUUCACUUGAGUUCGUCGUUCGGGCCACGAGUUCUUAACUAUUUUUGUUCUUUUCUCCUCGCUUGGUGCUACUGUUCCACCCUAGGAGUGUUACGUUCCCGUGAAACGAAAAAAUCUGGCGAGGAAUCAUGGUGUCGACCAGCAGAACGACCUGGCUGCUGCUCGUCUGCCUGAUCAUACUUCUCGGGAUCCUCGAUGACACCGAAGGCGCAAGAAAAAGAUUUCGGAGGCCGUCGACAAGUAGUAGCUCGUCGAGUUCGAACGACCAAGAAGUGUCCGCCAGCGUGAACAGAUUCAAAGUCACGCGAAAUCGUAUCAGCAACAAAAAUAAGAAGAAUGAAAUUCAGACCGGCAAGUCGGAGGACUACAAGCUCGUGUGUUAUUACACGAACUGGUCGCAGUACCGUACGAAGAUUGGAAAAUUCUUACCCGAGGAUAUCCAACCUGACCUCUGCACGCACAUCAUUUUCGCGUUCGGCUGGUUGAAGAAAAACAAAUUAACCAGCUUCGAAUCGAACGAUGAAACGAAAGACGGAAAAACCGGACUUUACGAAAGAAUCGUGAACCUGAAGAAGGCCAAUCCGUCCUUGAAAAUUUUACUGGCCAUCGGUGGUUGGUCGUUCGGUACCCAAAAGUUCAAGGACAUGUCUUCGACGAGGUACGCCAGGCAAACGUUCAUCUACAGCGCUAUACCGUAUUUACGAGACCGAAAUUUCGAUGGUUUGGACAUCGAUUGGGAAUACCCGAAAGGAGGAGAUGACAAGAAGAAUUAUAUCCUUCUGUUGAAAGAACUUCGAGAAGCUUUCGAAGCUGAAGCACAAGAAAAGAAAAUGCCGCGACUACUUUUAACCGCUGCUGUCCCAGUUGGUCCCGACAAUGUUAAAAGUGGAUAUGAUGUUCCAGCCGUUGCCAGUUACCUGGACUUCAUUAAUUUGAUGGCUUACGACUUCCACGGGAAAUGGGAAAGGGAAACUGGCCACAACGCCCCAUUGUACGCCUCGUCGUUGGACUCCGAGUGGCAGAAGCAGCUCAGCGUUGACAAUGCAGCUUCGAUGUGGGUCCGUCUUGGUGCGCCUAAAGAAAAAUUGAUAAUUGGCAUGCCGACUUACGGUCGGUCCUUCACUUUGUCGAAUCCUUCGAAUUUCCGUGUGCACUCGCCCGCCAGUGGCGGAGGAAAAGCUGGAGAAUACACUAAGGAAUCCGGAUUUCUUGCUUACUAUGAGAUCUGCGAAAUGCUCCAAAAUGGCGCGGCCUACGUAUGGGACGACGAAAUGAAGGUACCAUAUUUGGUGCAACACGAGCAAUGGGUCGGUUUCGACGAUGAAAAAUCGAUCCGUUUGAAAAUGGACUGGCUGAAGAGCAAAGGUUAUGGCGGUGCUAUGGUGUGGACAGUGGACAUGGACGAUUUUAACGGGACCGUUUGCGGCGGAAACGUUCGAUACCCAUUGAUCGGCGCGAUGAGGGAGGAAUUACUAGGAAUCUCUAGAGGAUCGAACGCGAAGGACGUCGAUUGGAGUGCCGUUGCAACCACAAUUACCGAGACCGUCCAAAAGAAACCAGAACCUUAUAAGAUAUCGGUCUCGGAUGUUCUUAACAAAGCGAAGAAACUCCAAAAACCAACGACUCAACUGGUCAUCAGUUCUCCAACAAACGAAAGAGAGGCUCAAUCUAUUUGCUACCUGACGAAUUGGUCGCACAGACGGCCUGGCGUCGGAAAAUUCAUGCCAGAGGACAUCGAUCCAACCCUUUGCACUCACAUAGUCUACGCGUUCGCUACCUUGAAGAACCACCUGCUCGUUGAGGAAAGUGACAAAGACUCGGAGAUGUACAAUCGGCUGAUCGCUCUUCGUGAUAAAAAUCCAGACAUCAAGAUAUUAUUGGCGAUCGGUGGUUGGGCGUUCGGUUCAACGCCAUUCAAAGAGUUAACCAGCAACACAUUCCGUAUGAACCAAUUUGUGUACGAGGCAAUUGAUUUCCUGAGGGAAUACAAAUUCGAUGGUCUAGACGUCGACUGGGAAUAUCCACGGGGUGGAGAUGAUCGAGCAGCUUACAUAAAUCUCUUGAAAGAACUUAGAUUGGCUUUCGAGGGUGAAGCGAAAAGUUCAGGGCAACCAAAAUUAAUUUUAUCUGCUGCGGUGCCUGCUAGCUUCGAGGCUAUUGCAGCUGGGUACGAUGUACCCGAAAUAUCGAAGUAUCUGGAUUUCAUUAAUGUUAUGACGUACGACUUCCAUGGUCAGUGGGAAAGACAAGUUGGUCAUAACAGUCCACUAUUUCCACUAGAAAGUGCUACCAGUUAUCAGAAAAAAUUGACAGUGGACUACAGUGCGAGGGAAUGGGUGAAACAAGGUGCUCCAAAGGAAAAAUUAAUGAUCGGUAUGCCAACUUAUGGCAGAUCUUUCACAUUAGUGGACAAAGAGAAGUUUGACAUUGGAGCGCCAGCUUCCGGCGGAGGAACUGCUGGUAACUUCACCAACGAAUCAGGAUUUCUCUCCUACUAUGAGGUUUGUAGCUUCCUAAACGAGGAUAACACAACACUAGUCUGGGACAGCGAGCAACAAGUACCUUUCGCGUACAGGGAAGAUCAAUGGGUUGGUUUCGAUGACGAAAGAAGCCUUAUAAACAAGAUGCAAUGGCUGAAGGACGAAGGUUUUGGAGGUAUAAUGAUAUGGUCAGUAGACAUGGACGACUUUAAAGGAAGCUGCGGGGGAGGAAAAUAUCCACUGAUCAAAGCUAUGAAGAAAGAGCUGCAAAACUACAAAGUUAAACUAGAAUACGAUGGGCCUUACGAAAAUAAUUUGAGGAGCGGGAAGUACACCACCAAAGAUCCGAACGAAGUGACGUGCGACGAGGAGGACAACCACAUAUCUUAUCACCCGGAUAAGAACGACUGCACGAUGUAUUACAUGUGCGAGGGAGAAAGGAAGCAUCACAUGCCGUGCCCGGUCAAUCUGGUCUUCAACCCGAACGAGAACGUCUGCGAUUGGCCCGAGAACGUCGAGGGUUGUUUGCAACACACGCAAGCGCCGCCUGUAUAAAGAGAAGCUCGAGAGAAAGAAGAAAAAAAAGAAAAGAUGAACAAAUAGCGAAGGGAAUAUCCUGAUCUUCGCGGUUUUUCAGGUUAUCCCCUAAGUAAUGUGUUACUUUACGCUGACUUCUAGUGUAAAACAUUGAUACUUGCGUGUCUUUUUUUAAUCCUCGACGUAUCCACCAUCGUUUCUCUUUAUUUUUUGAUGAAUUGCUUAGCGCCAUUUACGAAAUGGCAUUGAAAAGUACCUUACACGGUAAGAUAAGAGGACGACGUUACUUAUGAGACAACCUGAUAUCAUAAAACGCGUAGGAAAAUCGCGAAUAUCCAUGAUCAGUUGGACAAAAUGUGCAAUCCAUCAUAUUGACGUGUCGCUAAAAAAAUUUUCUAUUCGCCGAUACCAAUUCUACUGUCUUUUUGUUUCUGUUUUGUUCCAUUUGCCCCUUAUUGUUUCUUUCUUUUACCCUGUAUCCCCUUUACGCGAGUACUCUUUGCCUUUCUUUUGUCAUUUGUAUAAAACGCACAACUAUCCCCCGAAACCACCAUGACAACUUUUUUUCCCUCUUCUUUGUGUAAAUAAAAUGAGAUUCCUCGAACGGAUCGGAAAAAGUUGAAUUUUGAACCUCGUUUUGUUGAUUUGUUAGAGUGAUAGCGAGGAAAACAUGCGUAGCGUUUAAGCAUAGUUCUUUCUUUUAUUUUAUUCUAAUUUUAUUUUUAUUUUAUUCUAUUCUAUUCUAUUCUAUUUUAUUCUAUUCUCUAUUUUAUUUUAUUUUAUUUUAUUUUAUUUUAUUUUAUUUUAUUU